AUGUCGGUAUUGUUUCUCUUCGGUCUAGCGGUUAUCGGCUUAGCGGCCCAGCCGGGCGAUGGCUCUACUCCGUACAAGAAUGACUACUACGUUGCCUGUACAGGCUAUAAGCCUAACUGCGUGCAAGACAAGUGCGUCAUGUUCGGGCCAAGGACAACGUUGUGCACCGAAUGCUUAUCUGGAAAAGUGCCUAUCAAUGGUGCAUGUGUAGGAAAAGACGAUUCCCCUGCUGAUCCCUCUAUUGAUCCAACUGUUUGUGUUACGGAAUCAAUUACAGGUAGUGACGCGUCACAACGGUGCACAUCGUGUACUGGUGGCACCAAAGCUAGUGAAGCAGGAGGCUCGACCUAUUUCUUAUUCUACGGAGGUUGUUACAAUAAAAAUGAGUGGCCAGGUACGCACAUCUGUGAGACUGUUUCAGAUGGUGUUUGCAAUACUUGUGCGGUUGCGCACGGUUUUGUUUUUGCAAACGACAGGAAUUCUCAGGAGAAAUGUAUUCUGUGCGGGGACACUGCUGGUUUCAAUGAUAAAGUAGGCAUAGCAGGAUGUUCGUCUUGCAUUUCCCUAGAAUCUCCUUCCACCACAAGUGAUAAUACUAAACAGACUGCUGUCCGGUGUACAUCGUGUGUGGAUCCAACCAAAGCACCAAUCGAUGAUGCAUGCGCAGAUACCACCUCCCAUGUUUGCCAGAACGGAUACUGCACUCACUGUGCAUCCACUCACGUUUGCUAUAAGGGUGGGUGCUAUAGCAAAGAGGGAAGUGGCGCAUCUAUAUGUGCGUCAGACAACCUAAUGGAUAUCAGUGGUUACUCUGCUUGCAAACAGUGUGUCAAUCCCAACGAAGUUCCCCACAAUGGCAACUGCAGACUGUCAAGCGAGUUUGGGGCCUGCAAUAAGGACAGUACUGCUGGGAAGUGUACAGCAUGUAAUAGAUCGUCCCCCGAUCGUAGAGUCUUUUUCUAUGAGGGCGGAUGCUAUACCACGAACGACCUCCUCGGGAGAACUAUCUGCACAGAGGCCUCUGGCGGAACAUGCACCACUUGCAAUGAAGCACAAGGAUUCUUUGCGAAGGACUCGACGUGCAGCUGGUGUGAUAGUACUACAGCUGGUGCUAUUGAAGAUUGCGCUAGCUGUAGUAUCAAGUCUGAUGGGUCCAAUAAGCUUGUGUGCACUAGCUGCAAGAAUGAUAAGUAUGUCUCUGUAAGUGGCACUUCUUGUGUCACUUCUUGUUCUGCAUCAGAAUCUGGUAGCUGUGAAACUGGUACGUGUGUAUGCAAAUGUAACGUAGGUACCUAUUUUGAUAACAAUAGCAAUAGCUGUAUCCAGUGCGACUCAGCAUGUCUGGAGUGUGACGGUUCAGGUCCUGACCACUGCACAAAGUGUUCUUCGGGAAAGUACACCAAGGUGGACGACUCUGGAACGGUUACAUGUGUCGACGCAUCUGAAUGUGGCGAUGGAUACUAUGCGGAUCCAGAAGAGCUCCAGUGUGCCACAUGUGGAAUUGAAAGCUGUCAAGCAUGCACCCCUAAGGAUAACAACCUCGUGUGCACACGGUGCUCCCCCGGACUUGUCUCCGUCGAUGGUUUCUCGUGCCCACUCACAUGCACGGAGCUGAAUCAGAGAGAGGAGGAUGGAAAGUGCGUCUGUGCAGAGGGCUUCGAGCCCAGUAGUGAUGGCGCAUGCAUAGCUAAGAACACCUGUCCAUCAGACGCCACAGGGUGCUCGAGCUGCAGCGCAAGUGGCGAGUGCCUCUCAUGUGCGGACAGCAAUCACAACGUCCAGCCGAGCAAGAGAUCCUGCGCCUCAGGCUGUCCAAGCGGAUCAGAAUCAGUCGGCUCUCUCUGCAUAUGCAUGGAGGGGUACACCCUCAGGGGUGACACAUGCGUCUCUCAGACCAGGAAGGCCAGCUCCGGCUCCACGACGGUCACCGUGGCAGUCGUUGUCUCCCUUCUCAUUAUAGCGGCCGUCGCCCUCACAUGCUGGCUCGUCCUGCGGAGGCGGCGGGGAUCGAAGCCGAUCUCGAAGAAGAGGGCAGCGGCCGAGAACGUGGAGCUCAUGGGGACGGUGGACGAGUUCUAG